UCCCUCCCGCUCCCACUCGCCCUCGCCGCCGCGCUCUGCGUCAUCCCCAUCGCCCUCCUGGCCGCCAACCACGUUCUUGGCCGCACUACCACCGUUCCUCCUGGAGAAAAACCGACGAGCGACAGAAGUCAGAGGAGGAAGAUCAUGCAGCCCGCACGCGACGACCUCGAGCCGCCCAAAGACGACCCCUUCACGCUUGCGCAGCUAGAGGCUUUCAGCGGCGCUGACCCCGCAAAACCGAUAUACGUUUCUAUCAAGGGAACAGUCUUCGAUGUCACGCGCAACGCCGCGACGUACGGCCCCGCCGGCUCAUACGCGCUCUUUGCGGGGCGCGAUGCGUCCCGCGCCCUGGGCAUGUCGAGCCUGAAGCCCGAGGACGCGCUGCCCGACUACGCCGGCCUCGCGGAGAAGGACCGCAAGGUGCUCGACGACUGGCAUGCGUUCUUCCUGAAGCGGUAUAAUGUGGUCGGCAAGGUCGUUGACCACCCGACUUUGUUGGCGGAGGCGGAGGCAGAGAGGGCGAACUUGUAG